CACUUUGAGUGGAAAGCAAGCAAAUAAAAGUGCAGAAAACUCCACUGUUCAUAUUUCUCCACUGCCAAGCAAGAAUAUAUUCAAAGGAAGAUGCAAAAAGGGAGAAAAGUUUCUUGUACACCUCUCCAAAACCAACACUCUCUAGUCUCUCUCUCCCUCACCUUUGUCCUCUGCAUGUUGUAUAUCUUACACUAUUUUUGAGUCUUAGGCUACAAAGUUGUGACACAGGAAUCUCCUUUAGUCUCUCUAUGUUGAUAAUUUUCCUUUAUGGCCACCGCCUUUUGUUACCACUCCCACACAUCUCUGGCCUGCCUAAGCAUCUGCCUAUAUAUACUUAUCCCAAGUGUUUGCUUGAGGGAUGAAUUAAAUAAGCACAAAAUUUUCAGUCAGCUUCUUCUGGGUAUUUUGCCUUUAAUCACAUUGGCUUUUCAAGAGAUGCAGCCCACAAUGUCUUACAUGAGAUUGGCCAUCAUCUCCAUUUCAUUCACAACUUUCUCCAUUUUAUGUGAUGCAAGAAUUUUUGCACAAUUCUUAAAAUCCCAAGACACAGAAUUAGAGAAGAAGCUGAAAGCAAUAAAUCACUUAGAGUUAGAUUUACCAUUGCCUUCCUCAAAUGUUAAGCCACUAGAGGUAAGUCCUCCCUUCUCUUUCCCACCCUUUGAUUCACUGGCACCACUUCCCUUGCCUGGAAAUGUUCCUCUUCCUCCAUACUGUGCAAAUCCACCAUUUUCCCAAAACCCACCUCAACCAAAUACUCCUUCAUCUUCCUCCUCCCCUUCAUCUUCUGCACCCACUUGCUCACCCAUCCCAAAACCACCACCUGCAAAUGGGCCCACCCCUCACCCACCUGGCCCACCCACCACAAUUCCAGGCCCACCCAAAAAUCCUCCAUCCCCACCCAAGCCUAUCCCAGGCCCACCAGCCUUGGCCCCACCUGUAGCUUACCCUCCACCAUCAGGGCCCACAAGCCCUCCACGAAAAAAGCCACCACAGUCUGGCGCGGUGUGGUGUGUGGCCAAGCCAGCCGUGCCUGGCCCAAUAGUCCAAGAGGCCCUGGACUAUGCGUGUGGGUCUGGUGCAGACUGCAAGUCAAUCCAGCCCAAUGGGUCCUGCUAUAAACCAGACACAUUGUUGUCCCACGCUUCGUACGCCUUCAACAGCUACUGGCAGAGCACCAGGGCUGCCGGUGGCACUUGUGAUUUUGGAGGGACUGCCAUGAUUGUUACAGUUGAUCCAAGUUUUGAUGGAUGCCAUUUCUUCUACAAUGGAUGACUCAUCAAUAUAUCAAAAAAACUUGAUUGCGACACUUCGAAAAUAAGGACGAAAAACUCAAUUUCUGGUUUCUCCAAGAAAUGAAUUUUCUUUUCUUUUCUUUUCCUUUCUUUCUAUCCAAACAGGCACUACAGCAAGUACAUCCCAUUUCAUUUUCCCUUUGCAUGUUGAUUUGGAAUUUUCGCUGUAGAAAUAUUGGCAUGUAGUUGAAAGUAACAUUUUGUGUACAUGGAAUAUACCUCUUGGCCAGCUGUCGCAUAUACCCUUUUAGAUAGAAUUAUUAAAGCGGUGUUAUUGUGUUCCACAUAUAAUUGUUUUAACUCAUAUUAUUGGGUUGAAAAGGGGAAAAAAUCUACCACCCUACUUGCA